AUUACAACACCCUAAUAUAUGUCGAUUAGUAGAAUGGACUUGUGAAGGCAAUGAUUAUUAUAUGUUUUUGGAAUAUGUGGAUGGUGGUCAAUUAUUGGAUUAUAUCAUUCGUCAUGGCAAACUCAAGGAAAAACAAGCUCGAAAAUUCUCUAGACAAAUUGUUAGUGCUCUUGAUUACUGUCAUCGAAAUGCUAUCGUUCAUCGAGAUCUCAAGAUUGAAAACAUUUUGAUCACGAGGAAUGAAGAAAUCAAAAUCAUUGACUUUGGUCUUUCGAACUUUUAUUCGUCCAAAUCUUUACUCAAUACUUUUUGUGGAUCUCUUUAUUUUGCUGCCCCCGAGUUGCUCCGUGCUCGUGAUUAUACUGGUCCAGAAGUCGAUGUAUGGAGUUUUGGUGUGGUUUUAUUUGUUCUUGUCUGCGGUCGUGUUCCUUUUGAUGAUACAAGUUUGCCCAUUCUUCAUCAAAAAAUUAAAGCUGGUAUAGUAGAUUAUCCUGAUCAUCUUAGCAAAGACUGCGUGGAUCUUCUUUCAAACAUCCUACAAGUUGACCCAAUGAAACGUGAAACUCUAAACUAUAUUGAAAAUCAUCCCUGGAUGAACAAAGGUUACAAUACACCAAUCAACAAUCAUUUACAACAGCGCUCGCCUUUAACAACUAUCGAUGAUGAUGCCAUUCAAAUGAUGUAUGAAUAUGGAUUUGGCGACAUUCCUGAUAUACGUAAUCGAUUACAAGCCAUUAUAACGUCUCAAGAAUACCAAUCUGCUAUUCAUCCUACGGUUAUAUCAACACCAACAUAUGACCAUCAUCAUGGUUCUCGAUUACGAUGGCGACGUUCACGACAUGAUUCUUCCGAUGGACGUCCAGCGCUUUAUAAUACUACGACAUUGAAUGAAAUCCAAGAUCCACUUUUGUCUAUUUACUAUCUAGUCAAGGAACGGAAAGCUUUAGAUGAAAUACAAUCACCGGAUAAAACUUCACUAACAUCUUCAUCAACAUUUGAUACAUCAGCUCCAUCCUCACCUAUACCCAAUACUGUUUUACUUACACGAUCAGGUAGUACAACGACACCCAGCAAUCGUACAGGAUGGCACACUUCAUUAUCAAGAAGCAAAACUGAUCGAUCACAUACAAAGAAAUCAACAACAACAACAACAUUCGAUUCUGAUUAUGCAGCCACCAUCAUUACUAACACAUCAACAGCAAAUUGGGGUAGUCGUUCUUUAGGACGAUCGAACAGCUUGUUACAACGCAGCAAAAGUGCAGCCAAACGAUUAGGAUCGAUACUUCAAUCACACAAUAACUUAGCGAAUGCUCCUUUAGUAGAUCAACAAAUAUCAUCAAUAAAUUCAAAACAGUCAACGGUAUCUAGAUCUCAAUCCAUGCGGCAACAAAUUCGACGUAUUCCGUCUUUUGGAAGUUCUUUACGACGAUCCAACAAUUUACGACAUGACGAUUCCCAUACAGCAUUUGAAGAUGAAAUUGUGACGGCUUUAUUGACCACCAUGAACAAUAAUAAUAAGAAUAACUGCAAUGAUACGCAAUAUCAAGAUCAACCCAAGAUAAGUGCUUAUCCCAAAAGUCUAUUCCGAUUCAAUCGUCGUCAUUUAUUCCGUGUACCACCACAUCAUCUUAUGCAUUACCUGAUGCAUCUCCUUAUGAUUUUGAAUAUUCAAGGUCAAGCUGUUUUAGAAGAACCCUAUACUAUUCAAUGUUCUUGUCGAUACUCACAUUGGAAACGAUGGAUGGACGGAAACCGAUAUGAUGUGGCUACAAUAUCUGAUGAUGAUGAUGAACAUGACCCACAAGAACGGCUAGAUGACAAGAUGAUACUCAACACAAUUAACAACAACGAUAAUGAUCAAGGUUAUUGGCUUAGAUUUACUAUCCUUAUCUAUCAAGCUCGAUGGGCAGGUGGUCGAUUAGGGAUCAAAUUGACUGAAGCUGAAGAAGAAAUUGGUGGUGAUAGUGGCUAUAUUUAUAGAUCAUUGUAUUUUAUGAUACUCAGAUGUCUUGGUAGUUUUAUUGAUCAGUAUGUUGAACCAAAAUAGAAAUAAAAGGAAGAAAAAGUUUGAUUUUUUUUUUUUUGUUUGAUCCAUUUUUAUUAAUUACUCAUUGAUCCAUGUUUCAUGAUUGCAUUUCCGCAUGUUCCUUUUUUUUUGCCACUUACAGGUAGACACGCU